AUGGACAUCCAAGGCCUCUACCAGCUCUUCCAGGCCACCUUCCAGCCUGACCCCAACGUCCGCAUCCAGGCCGAGUUGAAGCUGAAGCAGCUGGAGGGCACUCAGGGAACCCUUCUCCAGUCCAUGCAGAUCAUUGGCGCUGAAGAGUCCGAGCUUCAUGUCCGUCAGGCUGCGUCCAUCUACUUCAAGAACGCCGUCAGACGCUACUGGUUCGAGACCGAGUCGACCCCUGCCCAUCUCAAGAUCUCUGAGGCUGACAAGGAUGCCAUCAAGAGCAACAUUCUCCAGCUCUUGGCUUCUGCCCCAGCUGUCAUUCGCACUCAAUUGAUCACCGUCCUUGGAACAAUUUUGUCGAACGACUUCCCUGCAAAGUACCCCGGAUACCUCAACACUGUCCAGACUUUGCUCCAGUCUCAGGAUCCCAAGAUUGUCUUUGUUGGACUUAUUGCCUUGAAGGAGGUUCUUCGUGUCUACAAGUUCAAGAUUGAGGACCGUGAGCCCGUGGAUGAGAUCAUCGCCAACUUUUUCCCUGCUAUUCAACAGAUCGGCGCUGGAUUGAUCAACGCCAACAACGUCGAGGCUGCGGAGAUGCUCAAGAUCAUCUUCAAGUGCUACCACUACACCAUCCAGAUCGACCUUUCGGAGCGCCAGAGAGACAACGCUUCCUUGGUUCCCUGGGGCACCUUGUUCCUCCAGAUGAUCGAGAAGCCCGUCCCCGCUGAGGGUCUCCCCACUGAUUUGGAAGAGUUGGCGAAGCACCCCUGGUGGAAGGCCAAGCGUUGGGCUUACCAGUGCUUGAACCGUCUCUACACCAGAUACGGAAACCCCACUGCUUUGACCUCCGAGUCCAAGUUUAAGGCCUUUGCCAAGGGCUUUGUCGCCAACUUUGCGCCCAACAUCUUGUCUGCCUACUUGAAGCAGAUCGAGCUCUGGGUUGCCAAGCAGGCUUGGUUGAGCCCCCGUGUACUUUGCCUCAUCGGCAACUUCUUCGAGGAGUGUGUCAAGGAUAAGAGCAUUUGGUCGAUCAUGAAGCCCCACUCUGAGACUUUGAUUACUCACUUUGUCUUCCCUCAGCUCUGCUUCACUCCCGAGGAUGAGAACCUUUGGUUGGACGACCCUGUCGAGUAUGUUCACGCCAGGAUUGAUAUGUUGGAGGACUUCACCAGCCCCUCGACUGCCGCUGUCAACUUUAUGACCGUCAUGGCUCGCUACCGUCAGAACGCCUUCAUGCAGAUCCUCGCUUUGGCCAACACUGUUCUUCAGAAGUACAACGACGCCCCUGCCGAGGCCAAGGACCCCAGAGAGAAGGACGGUGCUUUGGUCAUGGUCGGCAGCUUGGCUCCCUUGAUUCUCCGCAAGAAAUCCUUGUCGAGCAUGAUGGAGCCCUUUUUUGUCAACCACGUCUUCACCGAGUUCAAGAGCCAGUUCCCCUUCCUUCGCGCACGCGCUUGCGAGAUGAUCAACCAGUUCAGCGACUUGGACUUUGAGGAUCCCAACAACAUUGCCAUCGCUUUCACCAGCUUGAUGGAGAGCCUUCGCGACACCGAGCUUCCCGUCAAGGUCACCGCUGCCUUGGCUCUUCGUCCUAUGAUCCGUCACGAGGCUAUUUGCGAGGCCAUGAAGCCUCACCUCCAGUUCAUCAUGCACGAGCUCUUGGCAAUGACCAACCAGAUCGACGUCGACACUUUAGCCGAUGUCAUGGACGAGUUUGUCGAGGUCUUUGCUCAGGAUUUGGCUCCUUUUGCUGUUCAGCUUUGCGAGCAGUUGCGCGACACUUUCUUGCGCAUCUGCGAGGAUAUGGCCAAGGGCACCGAAGGAUUGGACGAUGUUUCUGACAGUGCUAUCGAUGAGGCUUCGGACAAGACCAUGGCUGCCAUGGGUGUCUUGAAGACCAUGGGUACCUUGAUUCUCAGCUUGGAGAGCACCCCCGAGGUUUUGAACCAGCUCGAGAUUGCCCUCUUGCCCGUCAUCACCUUCACCCUGCAGAACGCCAUCAUUGACCUCUUUGACGGUGUCUUUGAGAUCAUUGACAGCUGCACCUUUUCGGGCAAAACCAUCUCGCCCAACAUGUGGAGCGUCUUUGAGCUCAUCUACAAGACCUUCAAGGAGUCUGCUCUGGAUUUCAUGGAGGAAAUGCUCCCCUCGCUCGAUAACUAUGUCGCCUACGGAAAGGAGGUCGUCUCGACCAACGAGAACGUUCAGCACAUGAUCUACGAUAUCAUCGAGACCGUGAUGAAGAGCGAUCGCUUGGGUGAGAACGACCGCGUUUCUGCCUGCAAGUUGGCCGAGUCGUUGUUGUUGAACUGCCGCGGUCACGUCGACAAGUACGUCGCUCCUAUCUUGGGUCUUGUCUUUGAACACUUGGCCCCUGCUGACCGCAUCCAGACUGCUGAGUUCCGUGUCCAGGCUAUCGAGGUUGUGAUGAACGCUCUUUACUACAACGCCGCCGUGACAUUGCGUCUUUUGGAGGAGAACGGAUGGACCCAGCGUUUCUUGACUGCCUGGUUCACCAGCUUGGACAAGUUCUCGCGUGUCCACGACAAGAAGCUUUCUAUCAUUGCCCUGUGCUCGAUCUUGAGCGUGCCUGUCGAGCAGUUGCCCCCUGCUCUCCAGAGCAACUGGCCCCAAGUCUUGGACGGUAUCUUGUCCAACUUUGAGGGACUCCCCAUUGCCCAGGCCAAGCGCAAGGAGAUGGAGAAGAUGUACAACAUCGGAUCGGACGAUGAGGAUGACGAGGAUGAUGAGGACGAUGAGGGCCAGACUGCCUUGGAAUCGGCAUUGGCCGGUGACGAGGACGGUGUGGAGGAGGAGUGGGUCGACGACGAGGAGGAUGUCUUUGACGAGGGCCACGAGUACCUCGAGUACCUGGCCCAGCAGGCCUCCAAGACCCGGCCCGAUGACCGGGAAGACGAUGAAGAGUCCGAGUAUGACGAUUUGGAGGAGGAGAUCUAUUUCGAGUCGCCCCUCGAUGACUUGGACCCUUAUGUCAUCUUCCGGGAUGUGUUUACGGGACUUCAGCAGCAUAACCCAGCUUCUUACAACGAGUUGACCAAGGCGACUACGCCCAAGCAGCAAGAGUUUAUCAUGAACUUGAUCCAGACUGCUGAUGCUAACGUCGUCAAGGCUGCUGCUGCUGCUGCCGAGGCCGCCGCUGAGGCUGCCAAGGCUUAA